GAAGCAGUGGCCCACAGUGUGAGUGUGAGUGCUGUGUCGCAUCAGGAUUCCCUGGGCAGACGACAGAAGGACUUGCGAUGGAUUUUCGUGUACAGAGAGAACGCGACAUAGCCAUCAUGCGAGACCAGAAGACGACGCUUCCUGUGUACAUGAAAGGAUUUCUUGAAAAAAAAUCAUCAACAGAUAAGGCACUCAAAAUAUGUUGGGUAGAGCUCAGAGGAAACAUUCUCUUCUUUUACUCAACCGACCGUGACAUUGAGUACACAGAAAAAAUACCGCUUGCGAAGCCACUUGUAUUCCAUAUGGUCAGCUCUAUGAUGCGUGGCACGUCAUCCUGUAAGAUGAAGCUCAAAACAUCCACCACUGAGCUCAAGUUGAAGGCGGACACAGAAACUAUGGAAAUGUGGAAGGCAUACAUACUUGCCGUGACAGAGUACAUCAUCCCGAGAGACAUCACCCUGCUCCCAGGGCAGAUGCAGCAAUUGAGGGAGAUCAUAGAAAGGGAGAAGGAUCGGCAGGGGUGGUCGGAGCCAAACGAGUGCCCGAUGCCACCCCAACCACCGGAUCACAGGAUUCUUCAUCCAGAUGCUUUACAGAUACCGAGAGCCAGCGUUUUGACACCCGUACUGGUGCAGGGACCGGCGCUGCACAAUAACAAAUUAUCCUUUCCCAGUUGUUACUAUGACGUUUCUCGGGACAAGGCGGAGCAGAUGCUGCAAGAGCAUCCGGACUGGGGCAAUCUGCUCCUCCGGCCAGGAAGCAAUCAGACGGACUACGCCGUGUCUGUGUGGAACGAACACCCAUUCCUACAGGUUAGACAACACCUGUUCGAUUGUGCGUCACUCUACUAUAUGACGCAGUGGGAGGCUGCAUUGUGAAACAAUCCGUCGUGGCAUUUUGUUGCAAGUCGGACCGAGUGUUAAGCGCUUACUAAAUCAUACACCUUUAAUAGUUUAAC